GAUCUCAGGCCAGCCGCUGCCGAUGGGUUAUAUUUCGAUGUGUGCUGCUUCUGCGAUCUCCGAGGUAAUCCCGUGUUUGGAUCGUGCGUGCGUUGACAUCCAACCUACCCUUUGCUAUUAAGAGCCAUAUAUGUGUAUGUCUCUCCCUCUUUCUUGUGAUUGCUCAUUAGCCGUUGGAUUGUACUUUGAAAGCACGUCAGGAAAACAGGUCGUACGUAAGUACCUGCAAGGAUCAUUAGGCUGAGAUUCACAUUUUGUUUUUAAUAGUGGAAAAACAAAAUUAGUCGAACAAACCCAAGGAGGUCGAUCCGAGGAGGGCCAGUUUCUUAUCAGAUUUCUUUGGUUUUUAUGACUGACAUCUUGCCUUAUCUUGAUUGGUGAUCAAACCUCCUUCGUAGCCCUGAAGGAAAUCGAUGGUUAAGAAUUCAGCUACCGUUUUUCGUUUUGGACUGUUUUAUCUGUGAUGUUAGUGGUUGAUUAGGAUAUCUUGGAGGUGCUGGCAGAACAAACGUGUAGUCCUGAAGGAAAUCGAUGGUUAAGAAUUCAGCUACCGUUUUUCGUUUUGGACUGUUCUAUCUGUGAUGUUAGUGGUUGAUUAGGAUAUCUCGGACGUGUUGGCACUACAAACGUGCAGUCCUGAAGGAAAUCGAUGGUUGAGAAUUCACCUCCAUGUUUAAUUUUGGACUGUUUCCUCGGUGAUUAGGACAUCUUUGAGGUGUUGGUGGAACAAACCUAUAUAGUCCUAGAGGAAAUAUCUUAUGUUUGUUUCUACUUGAUAUCUAGGAUUAGAUGUUUUUGGGAUUGAUCAUUCACCAAGCCUUCCUGAAUUGGAUCGGAUUUAUUUUAAAGGUGUGACACUGUUUGUCUUCUAUUUCAGGUGGAGUUCAAUCAGUCUAUCGCUAGCUGUCUUACCAUUGAAGAAUGUUACAUCAUUGCCAAGAUUUGUAGUAUUGGUAAUAACUAGUCUGCCUUAGGACAGCAGAUGGCAGGCUCGUGGGAUGUGAAUUGGUUGGAUUAGCGCCAGACACUUCAUUAGCGCUGUCGUCAGAUGAAGACAUCCUUCCUGGACACAAUAGCGUAGGAGAGGGGUCGGACCAGAGCUUCGCGUAGGCAGACGUCAGACCGCAUUGCCUCACCGUCGACCAAGACUGGGCCUUGAGGCUGAAUUAAAAGUCAACUUCCUUUGGGAGAAUCAAAAACAUGUUCACCAUGAUUUGCAAUGUGCUUUGAGAUCUGACUUGGGAACAAUAUGAGUUUCUUGCCUCUGUGAUGUAAUGUGGUUUAGGAAAGACUAGUUUGGAAUACAAUAAUGGCGGAGAAUAGGAAUGUCGCAAGGGUGAGGGACUCGGAUGGCUCCCCUCCCGGUUUGAGCCACAAGGAUUCUGAUGAAUGGGGCUCUAUUGCAGACUUGCUGAAAAGCAUUGAGAGCACUAACCAGAGUAGGUGUACCAAGGUGAAGACGCCUCCACCCCCUCAGCCUAGGAUGCCACCGUUGAGUGAGAAUAUACAAAGUGCCGAUGCAGGAGAGUUACAACGAGGCCAGGGCAUGCAGCAACUUAACCAUCUCAUAAGACUUAUGGACCAAAUGUGUGCCCUUCAGAGGCAAAACUCAAAGUUAAGAGAACAAGCCGAGUACCUUGCGGCUAUCAAGAACUUGCACGAAUUGCGGAACGAGACAUUAAGGCAAAACUGCCAUUGUGAGGGUCACAGGAGAGCUUCAGACCUGAGCAGCAGCAGUGGAUCCAGGUUCGAACACACCCAUGUGACCGGGGAAUCACUGUCGGAGCCAGAGAGCCAGAUGGGUGAGGACAUGGACGGAGACAUGGCAGCGAGGGGCGAGAAGCGGGGACGUUCUUCCAAGAGAGACGGUAAGAACAAAAAUAUCAAAAAGCGUAGUAGGUCUCUAGAUCCGUUUGGUGAGGAGGGAGAUAGCAAGGACAGGAGCAAACAGGGUCUCUUCUCAAAGAUCGAGAAGAUGAAAGAGAAGUUAACAAAUCGUAGGGGUAGUGUCAAACGCCGCUCCAACUCUAGAGGAGAUGGCGCCAAGUCGGAUGAUGAAGGAGAAGAGGGCAAAUCCGGUCCUCCGUUCCAUGUAGAUGGCUUAGAGACCAAAUCAGAGGAUAGUGGGAUUUAUCACAUUGGUCCUGAUGAUUUAGCGGCCACUGCAAGACUUGAAGCAUUCAUGCAAAAGUCCACUGAUGAUAUUUCAGACAAUGAAGAUAUUUUCCAAGGCACUGUUCCACUAAACUGGGCCAGGACAGCCGUGCUUGCCCAAAGCCGUAGAAAGGGUAGUGAUUUGUCAACGGGUAGCUCCGGUGAAGACUACCUUGAAUCUAAACCUAAGCGAACUUCACCAAGUGAAGAACGCAAGUCCAAUCUGGCAACAGUGUCACAGCAAGAGACGGACGAGAUCUCAUCGAAAAGAUCGCGGUUCCGUAGAACUCCUAGUUGCCAGGAUAACGGUGCAUCAUUUGAUGACAUUGAUGGGGAACGAGCGGUUGCAGCUCGGUCGAUGGGACCCGUAGAGGAGAAACUCAAGCAGAAGCGACUUCUGCAAAGCCAUAGCUUGGACAUAGAGAUGACCGACGCUGGUGGUGUCUCAGAAAGGGAGUCUGGUCGAAUGUCAGGAUCGGAGUACAAACAACCUCAGAAAAGGAAGUAUUUCAGGAAGAGCCAAACAGUGGAUGUGGAUCUUGAUGGUCACUCUACGUCAUCGGUGUCAGUAGAUGGAGCUUUCAAGGAUGUCAGGUCCCCGAAAGCAUCACCUCCGGAGAAGAAGAAGCACCGAGGUAAGAGCCUUGUCUCACUGUCCAUGCUCGCCAUCCAUGUUUUGGUUUGCCAUCCUUCUCCUUCUCAUCUAAUCAAUGUUACGUAAUCAAGAGCUUGCUGCAUGGCGUUACUUCUUAUCAUCUCAGCUUCGUAUCCAUGGUUACAUGACAUCAUACUCCUCAUCUACUGAAUGAUUUAUAACUAAAAGUGUUUCGCAUGGUAUUACUCUUGCUAUCAUUUCACCUUUCAUAUACCUGGGGCCCGUCUUGUAAAGAGUUACGAUUGAUCCGAUCAAUCGCAACUAUGGAAAGCCAGCAACAUCAACAUCUAAAAUGCAUGUUUGUCCAAAAUAUUUUCUAGAAAUGAUAUAUAUUCAUACAUUCAGUUUUCUCGACCAUUCAGUUUGCGUCUCUCUAUUUUCAAAGGACAUUAGCAAAUUUCCU